AUGUCCUCAAACGUGGGCCUAACAACCCCAAGAGGAAGCGGCACAUCAGGCUACGUACAAAAGAACAGCGCCUUUAUCAAACCCCGCAACACAGGCUACGGCGCCCCCUACCCACCGGUCAGCGGCGCAAACGGCAGCAGUCCCAUGGAUCGCCCCUUCAAGCAACGUCUACCAGACAAGCAGAUCCUCGAACACGACCGGAAGCGCGCUAUCGAAGUCCGCGUUAUGGAGGAGCGGGAUCGACUUGAAGAGGAGAAUGAGAGGAUUGAAGAGGAACAAGCCAAAACCAGCAAAUCAAAGUCGAAGACCAGCUCCAAGAAGGAUGCAGAGGGUGAUGCUAAAGAAGAAGGCGAAGAUGAAGACGUUGAAAAGGUCCUUAGCGAAGAAGAAAUCGAUGCGAGAUGCGAGAUUCUUCGGGUGAGGUUGCUUAAGGAGUUGGAGGAUGAGCUUGAGGGCGGUGGCAAGGGUGUGUUUAAGAAGCCUACUGCUGGGGGACGGGAUAAAAGACAGCUUAAGUCUUAUCAGGUUCAUGAGCUUGCUGAAGCUAAGAUUGAAGAGACGGAUCGGUUGAGGAGGGCGCUUGGGAUUCGGGAGGAUCGGGAGACUGGGGAGAUCUCUAGUUCGAGGGAUUCUUGGGGGAACAGGGAGAAUCGGGAGAGGAGAAGGGAGAGGGAUUGA